CCUGUACAUUCAUAUCUCUACAGCUGCUAUGGAGGAAAUAGGGAAGUUGGCACUACAAUCCAGGUUAGAACUCAUUAUACCUGGUCAAGUCAGCGUGACAAAGAGACAAUGAGAGAAUGAGCUCCUUUCUAGAUUACUCUGUCAUCAGUGGAGAAAAUGGGACUUGUUCCACUCGGGCUUAUCACGCAGAUCAUGGAAUUACAACUUUUCAGUCCUGCGCUGUCACGGCUAAUAACUGCGGUAGUGAAGACCGGUUUAUAGUUAACAGGGGUACCCAGGGUGGCCAUCCUCCGCAUCAUCACCAUCAUCACCAUCAUCAUCAUCAUCAUCACCAGUCUGGAUCUUACCAACAUCAAAAUGGUCUUGGUAUCACCUAUGCCACUCAUCCAAAUUGUGCCACAAGUUAUGGCACCCAGAGCUUCUGCUCAAGUUACAAUCAUUAUACACUUAAUCAGGAAGUGGAAUCCAAUGCAGUGUACAACCAGUGUUACUCUGGAAACCUUUCACCAAUAGUUCAGCAUCCUCAAAAUUACAGUGGAACAGCACUGGGUGCUGUUCAGUAUUCACACUCCGCCUAUAUACCGGAGCAACAAAAUUUGGCAUUCGCUGGCUUUAAUAACAGUAUAUCGCCCAUGCAAGUUACUCGUCAGGAGUCCUGCUGCUCUCCAUUAUCCGAGGCCCCAACCCCUACCCAGACUUUUGACUGGAUGAAAGUUAAGAGAAAUCCACCCAAAACAGGAAAAGUUGGUGAAUAUGGUUUUGCUGGUCAACCCAACACAGUAAGGACAAAUUUUAGCACUAAGCAACUAACAGAAUUAGAAAAGGAGUUCCACUUCAACAAAUAUUUGACAAGAGCUAGACGAGUAGAAAUAGCUGCUGCUUUGCAACUCAACGAGACCCAGGUAAAAAUUUGGUUUCAGAAUCGAAGAAUGAAGCAGAAGAAACGAGAAAAGGAAGGUUUGCUACAAGUGUCCUUUUCAUCUACCACAGAAAAUGACGAAAAAGCAGAGGACAUUUCAGAAAAGUCAAUUUCGACCCCAUCAACGCCUUCACCUGCACUAUCCACUGGAGAAACACCUGUAAAAUCUGUUUAGAGGGUCUUGCAAGUCUAAACGAGCAUUGCCACUCACUCCUUGGUGACAAUACGCCCAAGUCGUCUUUUAGCUUCUAAUUACGUUGCACCAUUGUUUUCCUAUUAUUUAACGUGCUUGGUGGAAUGUGUGGCUCAAUAUUACACUUUUCUGGAUGUGAUGAAAACUUUUAUGCUGGACAUAACUAUACAAAGACAACACGAAACAUGUCUUCAUGGCAACUUAAAAAUGCACUAUAUGAGCCGGUACAAUGUAUCAGGCAUGAAAUAAUUUCUUUUAAUGUAACUUAUGUUUAGUGAAGUGUUCAUUGAAAAUGAUAUUUUGUCCUCGAUUUUUUUAAAAGAAUUUCACUUUAGUGAAACUUGUGACAUUUAAGGGACAAAAGACAUUGAAUACUUUUAUAUAGUAUUCAUGAAACUGCUUCAGACAAAUGCAUAUCAAAUCGUAUACCUCAUAAGAAGACUUAAGAAUUAAAUGUUCAGAAAGGUUUUUUUUAAAAUGUAUGUGAUAAUCUGCUCUAAACUUAAGUGGAGUUAAUGACAUGUAAUGACCGUGUGAGUGUUUUAGAGAAGACGUCUUCACCUUAAGGCUUCGAACUUGUUGCUUUGUUAUAGGUCGUAAGUUUGAGCUUGAAAGUUCAUCUUUGGAAACCAAAUUAUGGCCAAAAGAAUGUACUGAUUAAUCCUGAAGUAGUUUGCAUGGUGCAAAAUGCUUUGCUUUUACUUGACACUGAGUUUUAUCAGUUAAUACCUCUUAAGUUAUAUGUGUGUGCAAUCACUUUAAAAAAUAUAUGCUUUAAUGUAGCUAAAUCGAGAAGAAUGUUUACGGGUCUUUCGA